AUGACAGUAUAUUCAAAACUUGUCCCAAUAGGAUGGCUCGCUCAUCUUGGAGCAAGUUACUAUUUAGUACGACCUCUUCGUUCAUUAUCAUAUCGAACUCUUCUAACAAUUAUUCCAUGUGCAGCUUUGAUAUAUGCUGGAUCUCAAAAUCUUCCUCAAUUCCAUGAGUCAUCUGUCCUGAUAGUUUCACUUUACUGGAUGAUAUCAAUUCGUUUGAUUGAUUUAAUUGUAUUUUCACCAGAGAAGCCACUUUCACUGCCUUCAUAUGCUGGAAAAUUUUUGUGGUUCGUAUGUCCCAUUGUAGAAUGUGACUUAAAUUAUCCGAUCAUCUUCGAUGUUACUUCAGCCGGUAUAAAACUUGUAUUAGCUAUUUGGAUCUAUCGAUGGUUUCUUGUUUGUGAAUCGAGUAAUAGUUAUGCUCAAAUGGGCAUGUUAUAUCUGCUUAUCUGUACAAGCAUGUAUGCCGAUGACAUGCAAAUUGCGCUCGUUCGACUUAUAACACGUGAUAAAUAUACUACUUUGUCAGUCAACGAUUUCCCAUUUAAGUCCAGAUCUAUUCGAGAAUUUUGGGGCCGUCGCUAUAAUCGAAUCAAUAGUUCACUUCUCAAGGAAUCUGUUUUUGAACCUACUCGACGUUUAUUUUCUUUUUCACCAACGAUGGCUACUCUGACUAGUUUCGCAGUGAACGGUCUGCUUCAUGCUCAUAUAGCUGUUGCUUGCUUCGGUGCAUCAUCUCCAUUGCCUAUAUUUACCUUCUUUCUUGCACAAGGCGCUGCUUGUUGUGUAGAAACAAUUUUUUCAAUAAAACUACCUAAACCAAUUGGAAUUGUAGUUACACAUAUGUUUCUUCUUUUCACAGCACGAGUCUGCAUCGGACUACCUAAUCUCGCUGGUUCCAAUUAUUUUUCGCUUAAUGCACCUCCAUUAUUGAAUGCAAAAUGGUUACCUCAAUUGCGAAUACCCAAUUUUUUCCCCAAAAUAGACUAUCAUAUCUAA